UUAAUCCUGUUUCUUAAUCGUUUAACAUGAAUUAUAUUGUGAGCAUCCUCGCAUUAGCCUUCGUGGCUACAGUCAGUGCCGCGCCGAAAUCAACUAACCGAUGUGCGGAUGUCCCGAGCGGAACUGUCCUGCCAUCCAUCGAUUGCCAGUUCUACGUCGUAUGUCAACGGGGUCAGGAAAUGAAGGUGCGUUGCCAACCAGUUGGAACGUUCUUCGACGUGAAUCGCCAGGUUUGUGAUAAACGUCCAAAGGUCACCUGCUGGGAUGGCAACACCUCAACUGAGUCUUCCGAAAGUACGGAAAAGACCAUCGUUACGGAUUCAUCGAAUGAAUCAGGAGAAAGCUCUGGUGAAACGAAAAACACUAACCGUUGCAAGGACAUCCCAAGCGGAACCAUCCUGUCAUCCCGUCAAUGUCAGUUCUUCGUCGUCUGCCAGAGAGGCCUGGAAGUUCAGGUGCGCUGCCAACCCCUUGGAACCUUCUUUGAUAUCAACCGAAUGGUAUGCGACAAACGUCCCAGUACUAGCUGCUCGGAACUCAGUACAACCACAACUACAACGACGACGACCACCACUACUACAACUGAAGCGACUACAACCGAGGCUCCGGUGACCACCGAGGAAUUGACUACGACUACGCCAGUUACGGAAACUGUUACAGAGGAAGUCACCCAGGAAGAAAUCAUCACAGAGGAACCUACCACAGAAGAACCUGUCACGACUGAACCAGCCACAACUGCGGCCCCGCCAAACUUUGCCGAAAUGUGCCGUGGUGUCCUAGUUGAUGUUCUGCCCCACCCAACGGAUUCCAAUCAGUUUGUUGUGUGCAUGUUCGGUCGUUACCAGUUGCAGCAGUGCCCUGAAGGUCAACUUUUCAAAACAUUGGUGCGCGCUUGUGCUGUUUGAAUCGUUAACUGUUAACUUUAAAAUCCAAAAGUGAAAUUCAAUAAUUGAAGUGUUAAAUCAAAGAAUCAGAAUGAUAUGAAUUAAAAACAUUCACAAAUA